AUGCCGGAUCGUAAAGGCGCAAUGCUGGGAACUAACGAAUCUCAAGCACAGGUGGGUGACGGUGGAUCUGUUAGAUCGGCUCUGUUGGACCAAGAAAGGUCGGGGUUCAAGGCGCCGAUGAUGGUGCUGAUGGCCGCCGGUAUCCUGCUGAUGAUCGGGUUAAUCGUGUUGGGAAACGCGCUGGUCAUCUUCGCUUUCAAAACCGACCGGAGCCUGAGGAGGCAGAGCAACUACUUCUUACUCAACCUGGCUAUAGCUGACUUCUUAGUGGGGGCCUUUUGUAUUCCCGUAUACCUGCCCUACAUCCUGACAGGCAAAUGGAUGCUGGGCCGAGGGAUGUGCAAGCUGUGGCUGGUGAUGGACUACCUCACCUGCGCUGCCUCCAUCUUCAACAUCGUCCUCAUCAGCUACGACCGCUUCCUCUCCGUCACCAGAGCAGUGUCAUACCGGGCGAACCAGGGGAUGACCCGUAGUGCCCUUGCCAAGAUGGCUGCAGUGUGGGUGCUGGCGUUCCUCCUCUACAGUCCGGCUAUAUUGCUAUGGGAGAUAGUGACCGGCCAGACCAUCGUACCCGAGAAAGAGUGCUUUGUGGAGUUCUUUUAUACCUGGAAGUUCCUGCUGUGCACCUCCUUGUUCGAGUUCUUCAUCCCCUUCUCGUUGGUGACCUUCUUCAAUCUGAGCAUCUACCACAGCAUCCGUAAGAGGCGGCGCCGGUGCCAGAUGGACGCGUGUUCGGCCAAGGUUCGAGACACGGCGUCUCCAAGGCGCGAGAAGCUCCGACUGAUCUCCUGUAUGUGGUGCGGCUCCGUGGUCAAAAAGAAGGAGCCUGAAAAGGAGGCCGAAGCGAAGAGCGACACCUGUCCGUCCGACGUACGGCGUAACGACACGCGGACGGCGAGGAGCACCCAGGCCUUGCGUCUGAUCCAGGAUAAGAAGGUGGCCAAGUCGCUGGCCGUGAUCGUCUGCGUGUUCGGCGUGUGCUGCGCACCGUACACGAUCAUUAUGAUCAUAUGCGCCGGCUGCAAGGGCAAGUGUGUGCCCUACCACGUGUACGAGAUAUGCUUCUGGCUGCUGUGGCUCAACUCGGCCAUCAACCCCUUCCUGUACCCGCUGUGCCACAGCAGCUUCCGUCGAGCCUUCGCCAAGAUCCUGUGCCCUAAGCACAGGGCCGCGGAAACCACCUCAGAUAACGUCAGUAACAACAUGAGAUAG